CCCUCCCCCUGCUUGUGCUGUCUCUCUAAAAUAAUUUUUUAAUCCUAAAAAAAAAAAAAAUCAACGGAUGAGAGAAGGGGAAAAAAAAAUCAAUGGAUGGCCUAUCAUUCCUUUUUUAUUUUUAUUUUUUAUUUUUUUUGGCCUAUCAUUCCUUAAAGAGAAAUGACUGCACAUCAGGCUUACACAUCCUGUGGAGUGUGAAUGUCUGAUCCUUAAUGCCCAAAGGAACCAUCAAGUAAGUAUCACCCAUAGUUACCCACGGGCCUUCAGACCUCACAUCGCCUCAUUCAGGGAAGAAGGGGCAGCCUUAUGAUAGGUGUGGUAUGGUAUGUUUCUGUCCAUUUAUUUUUCUUACUGCUGUACCCCCAGCACCUAAACAAGACCUAGCACAGAAUAAGUAUUCAAAGCAUAUUCAGCAAAUGAAUGAAUCUAAAAUACCAAGUGCAAAACUCAGCCAUAUGGAGUUAUAACCUAGAAAAGAUACUUCCUUUAACAGCCAAAAACUCUUUAGAUUACAGAGGAGUAUGCCAAACAUGAAUCCUACUCUCUUGUCUCCCCUGCCCCCACCAUGAGGAGAACAAUGAAGAGCCUAGGGGGCUAGAAUGUGCCUAUGUGCCUUGUCUCCUUAAGUUACAGCAGAGCUGCAGAGCUGAGAGGGCCAGCUUGCAGGCCUGAAGUCCAACCCUCUCAUUAUACAGAUGAUGAAACUAAACCACCGAGGCAGGGAUAACCUGCCCCCGGUCAGGCUGCUUGGGCUUCCAGGCCAGUGAGAGCUUCCUCUGACACCUGUGUGGUCCGGACAGGACUGAGGGAGAAUGAGAUGGCAAACCAGACGGCUGUGACCGAAUACAUCUUGCUGGGGCUCCAGGAGCACCAUAAGCUCGAGAUGGUCCUGUUUGUGCUCUGCCUGGGCAUCUACUCUGUGAAUGUGCUGGGGAACUCCCUCCUCAUAGUGCUGAACAUGUUGGACCCCCGUCUGCACAGCCCCAUGUACUUCUUCCUCAGCAACCUCUCCCUGAUGGACAUCUGUGGCACAUCCUCCUUUGUGCCUCUCAUGGUGGUCAACUUCCUGAAAACGCAGAGGACCAUCUCCUUCCCUGGCUGUGCCCUGCAGAUGUACCUGACCCUGGCUCUGGGCUCCACGGAGUGCCUGCUCCUGGCAGUGAUGGCAUACGACCGUUAUGUGGCCAUCUGCCAGCCACUUAGGUACCCAGAGAUCAUGCGUAGGCAGACAUGUGUGCAGAUGGCGGUGCUGAGCUGGGGGAUGGGCUUUGCCAACUCACUGCUGCAGUCCCUUCUUACCUGGAAUGUCUCCUUCUGUGGCCACAAUAUCAUCAACCACUUCUUCUGUGAGAUCUUGGCAGUGCUGAAACUGGCCUGCGGGGACAUCUCUCUCAAUGCACUGCUAAUAAUGGUGGCCACAGUUAUCCUGACACUGGCCCCACUUCUGCUCAUCUUCCUGUCCUACAUUUUCAUCCUCGCUACCAUCCUUAGGGUGCCCUCAGCUGCAGGCCGGCGCAAAGCCUUCUCCACCUGCUCUGCCCACAUCAUAGUGGUGGUAGUUUUCUAUGGGACCAUCUCCUUCAUGUACUUCAAGCCCAAGGCCAAGGACCCUGACCUGGAUAAGAUUAUUGCAUUGUUCUAUGGGGUUGUGACACCCUCACUGAACCCUAUCAUCUACAGCCUGAGGAACGCAGAAGUGAAAGCUGCUGCUAUAGCCCUGCUGUGGGGAGACCUGCUCUCCAGGAAGAUGUCCCAUCUUCCCUGUUGCUCUUCAACUCUAUCAUGCAUGGCAGGCUGGUAAUGACUUUGAAUUGCAGUGGCUAAAAC